CCGACUGCACGCUGUGUGCGUGUGUGUGUGUGUGUGUGUGAGUGUGUACCGUUGUGUGACUUGUGCGGUGUCGCUAGUGAGCAGCACACAGCCAUUCGUAUUUUUCCACCCGUCAACAGCGCAUCGAAACAAGGAUGCCAACAGUGUUGCGCGAGUGUGACAAACAGCUGAGACACACAGUGUGCGAGGAUGUGCGGUUAGGGCUUGCCGUUGCUGGCGUUGGUUCCCCUGAGUGUAUGUGUAUCUAAUCGAUUGCGUUAUUGAUUUGCAUCCGUUCAGUAAAGUGAAGAAGUGCUGCAACACAACACGCGCAUCCCCGUACCAAAAGAGGAAGAAGAGCAAAGCAAAAGUGUAUGUUUUUAUUCACCCCCCUCCACUUAAUUUCGGCGGCAUCCUCGCUUAGAAGCGUGCGUGUGUGUGCGAAGAACAAGAAGCAGCAACGAAACAACGACAACAAAAAAGUGUGCUGUGUGUGAAGAAGUGGUUGUGUCGUUUCGACGGUUUCAAGCUCCGCGAUUCUGUUCUGCUAAAAGGAGGAGGAAGCCUCACGGGGAGCCCCUUUUGCCCUUUUUUUUUUUUUGGUGGGAAAGAAAAUAAAAUGCCUACACCGUGCGCACAGUGGGCUGGUGUGAUAAGAGAAACGAAAACAAUUCACCACCCGUGACAAACCCGUGGUGCGGUAUCGUGCGAGGCGCCCCCCGGGAGGGAAUUUAUUUUUGCUUCGUUUGUUUCGCUUUGUUACGGUGCCGGGGCGCGCGCGCGGGUGGCUGUUAUCCCUUCCGUUGUUUUUCAUUGUGAGGAUAAUUCGAAACGCGCUUCGAGUGCGUCUGUGUGUGUGUGUGUAUGUAUUGAGUGAGCGAAGAGAGCCCCCAAACGGAACAAAAAGUGUGUGUGUGUGUGUGUGUUUGAAGUUUGAACAAUCGAGUCAGCACUGGUUUUGAUAGAGGUGCAAAACACUCGCCGAACAACAUUCAGCAACAACAGCAACAGCAACAACAACAGCAAUGCGACGUAACAAUCGUACCCGUGCCGGAGCAGGGGUAGGCGGUGGAGGAGGAGGAGGUGUGGCCGCGAUCAAUCCUGGCAUCAGCAUCAGCCGUGGCCGGGUAGCGACAACACGCGCCCACGAGACCCGCCUGUACGCGGAGGAACCGAGCAGCAGUGGCGCGGGUGGUUCCCGCCGGAAGGCAGCCCAGGCAGCGACUGGUGGUGGUGGCAGGAUGGCCGCAUCGCGCCGCAUCGAAGAGCUGUAUCAGCGGGCGGCCGAAAGCACCAUGUCCUCGCUGCUGUCCGGGUACGGUAUGCGCAAGGGGCUGUCCGAAUCGAUCCCGCCCGCAACGCUGAUCGAGCAUGUGGUGGCGGACGCCACCAUCGGGAUGCAGCAGCUGGGCAAGCGGCAGCGACAGCAGCGGCCGCUCGCCGGCUACCGGCAGGCCCGCGAAGCGCACAUGAUCAUUGACUCGGACGGUACGAGCGGCGAGGACGAUGACGACCAGCAGCAGCAGCGGCGCGUUGAUGAACAGCAGGACGAGGAGGAGGAUCGCUACCUGGAAGCCCUCGACGGUAUACGGUUGGAUGAGGAGGAGGACGAGGAGGAAGGGGAUGAUGAAGAGGAGGUGCAGACGGUGGUCAAUUCAUCCUCGGUGCGCUGGUCACGGCGCCAGCGGAAGGGCGGCCGAGCGGUGGCGGGCGCGUGCGAUACUACCUCGUCCUCGGUGCAUGGAGAAGAGGAGGACGAGGAAGACGAGGAAGAGGAGCACGGUGGCGGGCAAGCCCCGGAAGACGAGGAGGAGGACAACGAAUACGAAGGGCAGGAGGAGCUCGAGGGUGGCAUGCAGGGCGAUGAGGAGGAGGAGUACGAGGAGGCGGCCGACGGUGACGAACACGAACAGCAGCAGUAUCUGGAGGACGAGGAGCAGGAAGAGGUGGACGAGGAGCAGGAUCAGGAGUACGAGGAGCAGGAUCAGGAGUACGAUGAGGAAGCAGAGGACGUAGAGGAUGAGGAGGAGGAGGAGGAUGGUCAGCAUCAGGCGGCGGAGGAGGAUGAGGAGGAGGAGGAGGAGGAGGAGGAUGAUGACGACGUUAUCAUCCAGGACGAGGUGAUCGAUGUGGACGAGCAUGACGAGAAGCGGCAACUUCAGCACGCCAGACAUAAGGAGCAGCAGCAGCAGCAACAGAACGGUACCGAUGCGUCCAAGCGACAGGACAGUCCGGUGACGCAGACGCAGGCCGACAUCGACGAGCUGGAGAUGAUCAAAAUAUCGGCCAUCAACACAAAAGUGCAACUGAAUGACAGAGACAAAGUCAGUUUGGAGGAUUUCGAGCUGCUAAAAGUCCUUGGUACUGGAGCUUACGGCACGGUGUACUUGGUGCAAAAGCUAACUGGCGUAGAUAAGGACAAAAUCUACGCCAUGAAAGUGCUGAAGAAGGGCAUCGUAAGCUUGAAGAAAAAGACAGCAGAACACACGCGAACGGAACGACAGGUGCUGGAAGCAAUACAGGAAGCUCCGUUUCUGGUCACAAUGCAUUACGCCUUCCAGACCGACUCCAAGCUGUACCUGAUCUUGGACUACGUGAUCGGGGGCGAGCUGUUUACGCUGCUGUGCAAUCGAAUGCAUUUCGACGAACCGGCCGUGCAGAUCUACAUCGCCGAGAUAAUAGUCGCCAUCGAGCAUCUGCAUAAGCUGGGCAUUGUGUAUCGUGAUAUUAAGCUGGAAAACAUUCUGGUCGACGUGGACGGGCACAUCGUGCUGACCGACUUCGGGCUUUCGCGCGAGCUCGUUUACGAGAACGAGCGGGCUCACAGCUUCUGCGGCACGGUCGAGUAUAUGGCGCCCGAGAUAUUGAAGCCGACGCAGCAGGGUCACGACUCUGCCGUCGACUGGUGGUCGGUCGGUGUGCUAACGUUCGAGCUGCUCACCGGUGCGUCCCCGUUCACCGCGGACCAGAACGAGAUCGCCCGCCGCAUCACGGAAACGGAAGCGAUCAUCCCGGAGAACCUGUCGCCCGAGGCGACCGACUUCAUCCGCCGGCUGCUGGUAAAGGAUCCGAAGCGCCGGCUCGGCAGCGGCAAGGGCGAUGCGUCCGAGCUGAAGUCGCACCCGUUCCUGCGGUCGAUCAACUGGUCCCGGCUGGUGCGGAAGCAGAUCGAGGCGCCGUACCCGCCGCUGGCGGAGAACGAUCGCGACACGCGCAACUUCAGCUCGGAGUUUACCAAGCAGGAAGUGACGGAAAAGCCGUGCGAACCGCCAAAGAAUGCAGAUCGUUUGUUUAGAGGUUAUUCCUACGUAUCACCGAAGCUCCUUACCAAAAACGUCACCGAUCGGAACAAGUUCAUCCCGAUCCACAACAAGCGCCCGCUCGAGAGUUACAUUAGGAGAAGUGCGUCCAAGCAAUCGCCCUUCUUCCGAAAGUACGAACUGACCAGCACGCCGUCCAUCGGGUCCGGCGCCUACUCGACCUGCCUCAAGUGCCAGCGGUUGCGCAGCAACAGUGUCUUCGCCGUCAAGGUGCUCUUCAACCAUCCGCACACGGCCGCGUUCGCGCGGCACGAGGCGGACGCGCUGCGCCAGUGCCAGGGCCACCCGCACGUAGUGCGGUUCGUCGAGCUGCUGGAGGACGCCAACUACAUCUAUCUCGUGCUGGAGCUGCUCGAGGGUGGCGAGCUGCUGCAGCACCUCAACCGGCAGCAGCACCAGCUGACCGAGGGGCGCGUCCGGGGCUACUUCUCCCAGCUGGUCGAUGCGGUCGCCUACAUCCACCGGCAAGGGUACGCCCAUCGCGAUCUGAAGCCGGAGAAUGUGAUGCUCGAGCGGUCGUCCUCCGACCAGCUGCGGCUGAUCGAUUUCGGCUUCGCCCAGCGGCUGGACAGCAACGACGCACCGCAGCCGGCCGGUACGCUCGGAUACGCGGCGCCCGAAGUGCUCGUCGGCAGCACAGGGCAGAAGAGCACGGCCAGCAACAGCUCGUACUCGCUUGAAACGACCGACCUCUGGUCGCUCGGCGUCAUCCUCUACACGAUGCUGUGCGGGCAGGCACCGUUCACGCCGCGCCAGUUCUUCGGCCACGACAACCUUGCCUCGACGUCGAAGCAGAUGGAAAUCAUCACCGACAAGAUACGGCGCGGUUCGUUCGAUCUCAGCUCGAGCAUCUGGAUGGGUGUGAGCGAAGGGGCGAAAAGUUUGGUGCGCUCGCUGCUGACGGUCAAUCCGGACCAGCGCAUCACGAUGCAGGAGCUGCUCGGCCACGAGUGGCUGCUGUGCGAAUCGUCCGGCGGUGGAAGGCGAGGGCAGCAGCAUUCGCUCGCACCGUACAACCGGGGCCUGCCGAGCCAGGCCCGGCUACCGUACGAGCAGCUGCAGACGAACGUGCGCAACACGUACGACGCAUUUAAGCUGGCGGAGCAGGGCGGCUUCCGGUUGCAGAACGAGGGAAGCGCACGGCGGCAAAGGAGUGCGGCUGCGCUGGUAGCGCAAACAGCGACGGUUUCAUCAUCCCAGCACCAACACCACCACCGGUCCAACAAUCGCACGGAGAGUAGUAGUAGCAGCAGUGGGCAGGUGGUAAAAUCGAACUCCAAAACAACCGCAGUGCCUGACCACCGGAACGCUUCGCCGAGCAGUAAAGCCAGUAAACGAACCACCGCACACCACCAGCAGCAGAAGGAGGAAGUGGCGGCCGACCUGUCCGUAUCGACGACGAAAUCGGUCGAGUCGCAGUACAGCAGCUCGCUGGAGGAGAGCACCUCGAGCGGCAUCGGGCGCAGCAAGAGCAGCAAGAGCAGCCUGUCGCACUCGGGCAGCCCGAUGCGCGAUGCGCGCCACUUGUCGAACGGAUCGGUCGUGAUCGUGCUCGAUGACGACGAGGAUGAAGUGCCGAACGUGCGGCAGCAGCAGCAGCAGGAGGAGGAGCAGCAGCACAGUAGUGCAGCGCUGCCGGAGACAAGCGUGCCGUCGACUGAGCCGACGGAACCAUCGCCCGCUGAAGCGGAAAGCAUUGCGCCGGCGGUGGCACGCGUGACGCUACAGGAAGAUGAAAGUAAUAAGGACAGCGAAGCGAAGGAAUGCGGGAAGGAUUUGGAGGAGGAAAAACCGGCGGACGAAAUAGUUGCCGACGUGGAGGAGGAAGAGGAGGAGCAGGAGCAGGAGGAUGCCGAGAUGGUGAGCUACGACGUCACAAACAAGGUGCCGGAAGUGGAAGCAACGGUGCCGGAACAGACAAUAUGCAGCAGUAAGCCGCCGGAAGCGGAAAAGAACAAUAACGAAUUGGUGGUGGAGGAGAGCGGACUGGCAGCACUGGCGACGGUGGAAAAGUCCGCCCAAGCCGGUAGCGAAGUGUUCGUUAAGCAGGAGGCACAGCUUAUUACCGCCUUCAUGCCGGAAGAGGACAUUAUGGGCGGCGAAGAUUUCUCCGAUACGACCAAAGCGAUACUGGGCGAUUCGCUGAACUUAGUACCAGCCCUGGACAGCAGUCGUAGUAGUAGUAGUAGCAGAUGUAGUAGUAGGCAAGCUGGUGAGAAAAGCCGAAGCAGAAGCAGUACAGCUCGUACCAACAAGAGCAAAGAAAACGAACGGCCAACAGCAGAACCGUCACCGUCCGCUCUCCUGCCUGUUGCUAGUGCGAAAAGUGAUAAAAGUAGUAGUGGUGGUGGUGGUGGUGGUGGUGGUGGUGGUAGUAAUAACAAUAGCAACGCUAGCAAUGUCAACGCUCGCACGCCAAACCGAACGCCGGCGGGAGUGAGGGUGAAAAAGGAGAAAGAAUUCAACCAGGAACCGCUGCAACCAACCACCACAUCGACGCCCCCCAGCUGGCACAAUGUACCCAAAGAACCGUGGUGCUUCAGCGACCUGAUCACGCCGGUGCUGGUAAAGCAAGAGAUAUUUGCCAACCUUCACCUCGCUAGCAGCCACCAAUUGCUGACGGCGGGCAUGCGCUCCCUCUCGGUCGCGUCGGACGACGAUGACGUGCUGUUCCUUGGCACUGGCCCUUCGUCGGACGUUUUCGUCGGGUUCGAGCACGAGGAGUGCAUGCAGUUUAUCGGUUUCAGCGAGAGCGAUUGCGGCGUGCGGUCCCAAUUCACGGCAACCGAGGGCAAACCGUUCGUGGCCAAGCAGGAGCGGCAGCUCUUCGGCCAGAUACGCAAACGCCGGCCCGAGCUUUGCUUCGACGAGCCGCGCCCGAAGCGCUUGCGGCAGCUGGAACGGAAAAACUACUCGCUUUCGCAACGGCGACGGCCAACGUUUGGCUUUGACAGCAUACUGUACGGGUCGGGCGACAGUGGUCCGGUGUUAUAAUAUACGAGCGGCGGAUGCCCGGUGGAGCCCCCCCGGCUUCAGUGAGGCGAUUGCGUGUGUGCGUGUGUUUGAAGGGAUUACAGUGAUUGAUAUUUAUUUAUUACCUUUUUUUACCAAAAGAUUGUACGCAAAGGGAUGCCAGGGAAGGGGGAAUGAAUGGAUAGAUGGACAAGCUUCUGGAUGAGCCUAUCGUUGUGUUACGGUUGCUCUUUAUUACGGUUUAAUCUUGCACACACAAACACACACACACCCACACACUGUACAAUUGUACUGCUACCCGGAUAAAGUAUGGUUUUUUAGUACCCACUUCGUUUUAGGUAAAUGAGAGGCAUGAGCAAGGAACCGAUUUUAUUCUACAAGUAGAUGGCCUUUAGCUCUAUCGUGCGCUCACCAUGAGAAUGAUUUUAGAUUACCGCCCUUAACAGUAGUCAGUGAAGCGAGGGGGAGCGUUUUUAUGUUUUGGAAUAUCAGCCCCCUGACCACGCGGGUUCCGGACGAAAAGGGUUGACGUUUUAUACUGGUACUGACCUGUCGCCUCCUUUACUCUAAAUGGUGUGUUAUGGUUUUUGUAGAAUCUUUUCUUCACUAUUUUGCGUUGCGGAAUCAUUUUGUACAUAUAUACAUACGUUCGUUUUGUUUGCAUUAAUUAUAACUUUAGCUCUUUUGUAGUUUUCCCCCUCUUCUGCUAUCCUAACAUGUAUGUCACGAAUGAUUUUUGUUUAAAUCCGAUCAUGUAGAUUAAAAAUUAUUUUUUUUGUUUUUUUUUGUUUACCACAUGACUGGUAACGGGAGAAAUGGUAGCUAAAGAAGAGAAAGAUGUGAAAGUAGAGGAAGGAAGACGCUUUCCGGUAAAAAAGGAAUCGUUUUUUUCCAAAUACUUGUAAAUAACAAGGAAAAGUGCACUUACAUGGCAGAGGAAACGCGUUGGAGUAGGCUUUGACUGUUCGUGCAGGGUUAAUAAUGAGGAAUAUAUGUGAAGCGCAACAAUAUGAAUCUCAACCGUUUGCCCUUGGUUUAUAGAGCGAUGCAUUCGAUACGGCAGCUUCCCUACACCGAAUGAGGUGCAUGUUUAGAACAAUGGAGUGUAGUAGUAUCAAUGAUUCUCAAUGCAACACACACACACACGUGAAAGUGUAAAAUAGUAAAUAGGACAAGCGGCAGGCCAUAACGACGCGAAUGAAGGAUCAGUGACGGCGGUGCAGCUCUUGGGAGAGGUUUCAACCACUCUUCCAUCAGCGUAGGCCGCGUUAACUACUCUUUUAUUCGGUGAAUGCCAACCAAAACGCAUUGUACAGCAGCAUCCCUGUUCUGUCCCUGAUCAUCCUCUGGUGUGUUCAGCUUCGGAGGAAGCCAACAGAAAAGAAACGAUAGAAAAUCGGUUUGUUUUUAUACAGCAAGGAAUAGUGAACAUGUAAAUUGUGUUAUUAAGUAAUCCAAUUAAAACACGUACACGUAUCGAAUAGUUUUAUCUACAACAAGUGUAAAUUUUGACCGAUUAGUGCAUGUGUGUGUGAGUGAGUGAGUGAGAAGGGUAGCAUAGAGCGAAAAGCAGACCAAAGUCGUAGUAGCGAACGAGCCUUAAAGAGUGAUCCAGGAGGGGGAUAGAAAGGAGAGCCCACUUUUGGUUCAUACUUAAAACAAGUGUGUAUGUGUGUAUUGAGUGUUUGUGUGUAUGGUGUGUGUGUGAAGCAGAAGAAGUUUAAUAAUUGUGCAAAGAUCACAUCGAUCUGUCAUCAGUUUAGUGUAUGAGAAGGUAAUGCACAUACUGUUUCACCGCUAACACAGAAACAUCACGAUGUGUUUGGAGUUUUAUCAACGCCUAGAUAUAAAGACACAAAAAAUGCAUAUACAAUACAUAAAAUGUGGACCUCUGUCUCUCGAGGAGGGCAGGCAGGAGAGGGAGGUCGCUAAUUAUGGAUACAUUUUUAGCAGUGCGUGUUAGGCAGGACAAUUAACAAUAUUGUAAGUUAAUUAUUAACAAAAGGCACAAGUGCGUGUAGGAAAUAAUGAAAUUGUAAAUUCUUUUCUUGUAAAAUUAAGUCUGCAUUAUUAGUAGCGUGUAGCAAUAUGAAAACCAACACUCACACACAAACACACACACACACACCCAUACAGACCAGGCUCGGUGAUCUUUCAUAUCAAACAAGUGAAAUGGAAAAAAAGGAAGCAAAGGUGUAAUGAUCGUGUAAAGAUGCACAGCUGUAAAAAGAAGCAAAAGCAAGAUGAAACAAGAAGAAAAGUUUUAUAAUUUAUACCUAAACAUUACUGCUAUCUACAAGAUACUGCAAGAUAUUGCAAACACACACACAAGUAUAUUAUAGUGUAGUGUUAAGGUGUGUUAAAGUGCAGCAGUGCAUUAGCACACACUUAUGGUUUUGUUUUUUUAUAUGUAUGGUCGGUUCGUGGCGCUGCCCAUGGCUUACGGUGCAUAAAGAUAAAAUGAAAGCUAAGCACACAGUUCGGCGGCACCGGCAAACAGCGAUAGCGGAAAUGAGAGGAACUAAAGGACGAUGAAAAGAAACCAUUAAUAUAUACAAAUAUAUAUGUAGGUAUGCAUACAAAAACACUUAGUUCGUUAAGUAGUCAGGCACGGUGCAAAAGAGGACGAAGGACGAAACAGACAGAUAGUAUAAUAAUAACAUUAACAAUAAUAAGAGACAGAGAGAGAGAGAGAGAGAGAGAGAGAGAGAGAGAGAGCGAGUGAAGAGGAAACGUGUUUAGCUAAAUAAUGUUUGCUUCUCUUUACCUUACCCCUCCCUCCCAGCUACCCUUUUUUCCUAUACACACACACGCACUAUAGCACCUCGCUAAUUACGUGGGUGUUUUAAGUGUGUUAAUUGCUGGUUUUCCUUAUUUUUUGUUUGUUUUUCUUUUUUUUUUUUGUUUUGUUGUAGCAAUGCUUAGUAGCAAUGUUUAGUGAUAGGUAAUUUUCUAGUGGGUUAAACUUUAUGGUGGUCAGAUUUAAACAAAAAAUCACACAAACACACAAACACACACGUACACUGCAAAUGUGCAGCAUCGAUUGUUUUCCUUGUUAGGUUUAUAGUGAGAGAGAGAGACAUAGCAAAAAAAAUGCAAUACACCAUCAUCGUUAGUGUGUGUUUGUUUGCGUGCCGUGUGUAUUAGAAGUUUUGUAUUAUGCUCGUACGACAUCGUUUUAACAUCGCCACAGGAUAAAACAAAGCAAAGUUGAUCUUUACACAGCAGCGCAAAAGGGGCGGUGAGCGUUUUGCUCACUACUUGCGCAACAGAUACACAGACCAAUUUAGAGCAGAUCACAGACACAGACACACACACACAGAAACACAGGGAGAUGGGAAGAAGCAUACAAAGGCAAAAAGAGCCCAGGUUAAGGAAUAGUUUUGACAAACACCUCACAUUAUAGAGAGAACAAAAAAACACAGACAGAAUGAAUGAAUAAUACUUUGAUAAUUUAAAUA